AUUAUUUAUUUUCUUCACAGUUAAAAUUGCCUCAUUAAUUCCAUAUAGGCCUAACUGUAUAGUGUGCAGAAUCAUUUGUAAAAUGGAUCCAACAACACAUUAUCUACUCUCGAGUAUAAAUACAUUCAUUCUGGUGCCUAUCACCUUCCUGUGUCGUAUACUUCUAUUAUUUAUCAUUGUUAUCUUAUGUCGCAGAUGGCAAGUUUCAAGCAAGAAAAUGUCAAAAGUUACAGUUGUUGUUCUUGGUGAUAUAGGACGAAGUCCACGAAUGCAAUAUCAUGCUUUGUCAUUAGAAAAACAUGGUUUUCAUGUGGACAUAGUUGGUUAUGGUGACUCAACCCCGAGUCAAAAGAUUCUAGACAGCAAACGAAUUGUAUUACACAGCCUCACAAAAGAUACUUUUUCUAAUUACUUUCCUCGAUUAUUUGCCUACUUCGUUAAAGUGAUUAUGCAGUCUUUAAUACUCAGCACAAAGCUGCUCUUUAAAGUUGGUGCAUCUGAAUAUAUUUUCAUGCAAAAUCCGCCCUGCAUCCCUUGUAUGUUCAUAUGCUGGCUAUUUGGGAUUUUUAACGGCAGCAAAGUCAUUAUUGACUGGCAUAAUUAUGGUUAUACUAUACUUGGUAUGAGUUUGGGAAAAAAUCAUAAAUUGGUCAGACUGGCACAUUGGUAUGAAAAAGUUGUUGGUCAGCUGGUGUAUAGUGAUAUAUGUGUCACCAAAGCAAUGCAGAAAGACCUAGAGGAUAACUGGCACAUACAUGCCAUUGUACUUUAUGAUAGACCACCUGAAAUCUUCAAGCCAUUGAGUAUCAAUGAGAAGCAUGAUCUUUUCUCAAAAUUGAAACAUGAAUAUCCUGAGUUUGGUUUUAGCCCUAAUGACGAUAGCACAUUUUGUACUAUUUCAAAAGAUGGGAGUGUCACAGCAAGAGAUAAUCGUCCUGCCUUCAUCGUAAGCAGUACAAGUUGGACAGAAGAUGAAGAUUUUUCCAUAUUACUAAAUGCUCUAAAAAUGUACGAAAAAACAAAAUUGAAUAAUGAAAAUUUACCGGAUGUUAUAUGUGCUAUCACUGGCAAAGGGCCGAUGAAGAAAUAUUAUUUGAAUGAAAUUAGUAAAAUUGACUGGAAACACGUUCAAAUAGUCACACCAUGGUUGACAGCAGAAGAUUAUCCCUUAUUAAUUGGGAGUGCUGAUCUUGGAGUUUGCCUACAUACUUCAUCCAGUGGCCUUGACUUGCCAAUGAAAGUCGUAGACAUGUUUGGUUGUGGUGUGCCAGUUGCUGCAAUAGCUUUUAACUGUCUUGAGGAGUUGGUGAAAGACAACAUAAAUGGUGUAAUUUUUAACAAUGAAAAUACUCUGCAUGAUCAGCUAUGUGAACUGCUAGACGGCUUUCCUCGAAACCAACAAACUUUAACAAAUAUGAGAAAUAAUUUGAAAAUGUUUCGUCAAUCAACUUGGUCGAAAAAUUGGGAUGAAAUUGUGCUGCCAUUGUUCAAGUCGUAAUAUUUAUUACUUCAUUUGUCUAAUAUUUUUCAAUCAUUGGAUGGAUGAAAUUCCCAUUUGUUCUUUCUGUUCCCCCAUACAUUAUCUAGCUAUCACUGUGUUGUACUUAUAUUUGUUAGUUAAUGUAUUUUUUGUAGCAUGAUUGUAAAUGUUUAAUUCAAUGUGUUGUACUUGUGACAUGUUUUUUACACACAUAAUGUAUAAAAAAAAAUCUAGUUGACAGCAGACAUUAAUUUAUGACAAAAUGUUACCUGAACUAAUGGUGUUUUUUACGUCGGACCAUUUCAACUAAAUCAAACAAUCAUGGAAUAUGCCAUGUGCAACAAGCAUUUUUAUGAUCUCAGAAUUUAGCUAUUGCAAUAGAGAUGCUGCUGUUGCAAUCCAUACAUGAAAUUAUCUAAGAGCAGACACUAUUGCUUAGCCAGGCAAGGCAGCACAGAGUAGAGAAUAGGGUAUUUUGCGUUUCUAAGAAGUUUGAUUUGCUGUAUAUACAGAUGAAACCCAAAUUAAAUAUUAUUAGUAGAGAAGCAAUUUUAAACCAUCGUGACUCCUGAGAUCAUCUCUUGCUGGUUUCACAGUUUGAAUGUAAAACUAGAUAUGUCACAAACAAGCCCACAACAAAAUAAACCCAAAUGAAUGAAUUUACAGGGUAGAAACAAUCCAUCACAGAUCAUUUAUACCGUAUGUAACUUUUGCCCACAAAAAGUAAAUCUUGCCUGGCUUACAAGCUGAAUCCUGAGAAUGAGAAUACUUAUAUAAAUCUAUACUGCAACUAACUUUAAUCAGGCUGUUAAUUUCAUCUAUAAGUAAACUUCAGCAUAUGUAAAUCAACAAGUCCAUGGUUAAGAUUUAGAUUCAACUUUUUAAUGGACAUAAAAGAAAAAUAUUAGAGUGAGAUAAUUCUGAACAAAGCAAGAGCACAAAAUGAUAUUUUUUUAUUGUUUGACAACUUCUCCAGUUGAGCUGUCCGAAGUAACUUUCUCAAGCAUU